GAUCUCAAAGAUGAACCAGAAUCAGAGGCAGAGCCAGAACCUAGCUGUGUGUCCUUUAAAAGUGACAGGUCAAAGGAACCUCCUCUUCUCUUUAAAUCAUCUGGACCUUCAUCCUCAGAGAGGUUUGAUCUCAAAACAAAACCAGAACCCAGCUGUCUGUCCCUGAAGAGCAACAGGUCAAAGGAACCUCCUCUUCUCUUCAAAUCAUCUCAACCUCUAUCCUUAGAGAGAGUUGACCAACAGAACUUAGAGGUUCCCAGUGGUCCAUCUACCAAGCAGCACCAAGCCCACCUGGACUCCAUAUUUAAGCUGCUGGAGGACAACAUUGUAGAUUUUGUAAAAAAUGAGCUCAAGAAGAUCCAGAAGGUUCUCAGUCCAGACAACCCAGGACGCUUGGAGAAUCAGACAGAUAAUGAGGAUUUGUUGCAAGAUCAGAAUGAAGAGCAGAGGAAGAGUAGCAGAGAAUCAUUGACGAAGAUCACUGUGAACUUUCUGAGGGGGAUGAAGCAGGAGGAGCUGGCUGACCGUCUGUGGUGCAAACAUCUUGAAGGGGUCUGUCAACAUGAACUUAAAUCUGGUCUGAAGAGGAAGUUCCAGUGUAUCUUUGAGGGAAUUGCUAAAGCAGGAAGCCCGACUCUCCUGAACCAGAUUUACACUGAGCUCUACAUCACAGAGGGAGAGACUGGGGAGGUCAAUGACGAGCAUGAGGUCAGACAGAUUGAAACAGCAUCCAGGAAACCGCACAGAGCAGAAACAACAAUCAGACAAGAAGACAUCUUUAAAGUCCAACCUGGAAGAGAUCAACCAAUCAGAACAGUGAUGACAAAGGGAGUGGCUGGCAUUGGGAAGACGAUUUUAACACAGAAGUUCACCAUGGAUUGGGCUGAAAAUAAAGCUCACCAGAAUAUCCAGCUCAUAUUUCCAUUCACGUUCAGAGAGCUAAAUGUGCUAAAAAGUAAAAAGUUCAACUUGAUUGAACUUGUACAUCACUUCUUCACUGAAACCAGAGAAAUCUACAGCUUUGAAAACCUGCAAGUUCUGUUCAUCUUUGAUGGUCUGGAUGAGAGUCGACUUAAUCUCGACUUCCACAAGAAGGAGAUCCUGACUGAUGUUACGGAGACCACAUCAGUGGAUGUUCUGCUGACAAACCUCAUUAAAGGGAUACUCUAUCCUUCUGCUCUCGUCUGGAUAACUACCCGACCCGCAGCAGCCAAUCAGAUCCCCCCUGAGUGUGUUGGCAUGGUGACAGAGGUCAGAGGAUUCACUGACCCACAGAAGGAGGAGUACUUUAGGAAGAGGUUCAGAGAUGAGGAGCAGGCCAGAAGGAUCAUCUCCCACAUGAAGAAAUCACGAAGCCUUCACAUCAUGUGUCACAUUCCUGUCUUCUGCUGGAUUACUGCUACAGUUCUUGAUGAUGUUGUUGAGACUAAAGAGGGAAAAGAGCUGCCCAACACCCUGACUGAGAUGUACAUCCACUUCCUGGUGAUUCAAACCAAAGUGAAAAAGGUCAAGUAUGAUGGAGGUGCUGAAACUGACCCACACUGGAGUCCAAAAAACAGGAAAAUGAUUGAAUCUCUGGGGGAACUUGCAUUUGAUCAGCUGCAGAAAGGAAACCUGAUCUUCUAUGAAUCCGACUUAACUGAGUGUGGUAUAGAUAUAAAAGCUGCCUCAGUUUACUCUGGAGUGUUCACACAGAUCUUUAGAGAGGAGAGAGGGCUGUACCUGGACAAGGUGUUCUGCUUUGUCCACUUGAGUGUUCAAGAGUUUCUGGCUGCUCUUCAUGUUCACAGGACCUUCAUCAACUAUGGCAUCAACCUAAUGGAAAAGAAGCAACAGAUACCUGCUAUCAUCAAUCGAUUUUUCAACAAAUCAGAUGAAAAUGUUCUCCACCAGAGAGUUAUUGACCAGGCCCUUCUUAGUCCGAAUGGACAUCUGGACUUGUUCCUCCGCUUCCUCCUAGGACUUUCACGGCAGACCAAUCAGAAACUCCUAAAAGGUCUGCUAACAGAGACAGGAAGUAGCUCCAAGUCAAAUCGGGAAACUGUUAAAUACAUCAAGGAGAAGAUCAGUGAGAAUGUGUCUGCAGAGAAAAGCAUUAAUCUGUUCCACUGUCUAAAUGAACUAAAUGAUCGGUCUCUAGUGAGGGAGAUCCAACAGUCCUUAAGUUCAGGACGUCUCUCUGCAGAUAAAAUGUCUCCUGCUCAGUGGUCAGCUCUGAUCUUUAUCUUGGUUUCAUCAGGAGAAGGUCUGGAUAUGUUUGACCUGAAGAAAUAUUCUGCUUCAGAGGAAGCUCUUCUAAGGAUGAUGCCAGUGAUUAAAGCCUCCAACAGAGCACUACUGAGUGGCUGUAACCUUUCAGAGACAAGCUGUGAAGCUCUGUCCUCAGUUCUUAGCUCCCAGUCAUCCAGUCUCAGAGAGCUUGACCUGAGUAAUAACAACCUGCAGGAUUCAGGAGUGAAGCUUCUAUCUGCUGGGCUGCAGAGUCCAAACUGCAAACUGGAAACUCUGAGCUUGUCAGGCUGUCUGGUUUCAGAGGAAGGGUGUGCUUUUCUGGCUUCAGCUCUGAGCUGCAACCCCUCCCACCUGAAACAGCUGGACUUGAGCUACAAUCAUCCAGGAGAUUUAGGAGUGAAGGUGCUGUCGGCUGGACUAAAGGAUCCAAACUGGAGACUGGAAGAUCUCAGGAUGGAGCCUGCUGGAAUCCAAUGGUUGAAACCAGGUCUGGGAAAGUAUUCCUGUCAGCUCACAAUCGACACAAACACAAUGAGCAGGAAACUCAAACUGUCUGAAGAUAAUAGGAAGGUGACACUCUUGGAGGAGCUUCAGUCAUAUCCCGAUCAUCCAGACAGAUUUCAUGUUCCUCAGCUGCUUUGUAAAACGGCUCUGACUGGUCGCUGUUACUGGGAGGUUGAGUGGAGUGGGGGAGUGGAAAUAUCAGUGAGCUACAGAGGAAUCAAAAGGAAAGGAGAGAGUAGAGACUGUAGGUUUGGUUGGAAUGAUCAGUCCAGGAGUCUGAGCUGCUCUGAUGGUGGUUACUCUGUCUGGUACAAUAACAGACCAACAUUCAUCUCCUCCUCAUCUUCAUUGCCCUCCUCCUCCCCUUCUGUCACCAAUAGGGUAGCAGUGUAUGUGGACUGUUCUGCUGGAAUCCUGUCCUUCUACAGAGUCUUUUUUGACUCUCUGAUCCACCUCCACACCUUCAACACCACCUUCACUGAACCUCUGCAUCCUGGAUUUGGGUUCAGUUCUGGUUCCUCAGUGUUUUUGUGCUGAGUUGAGUCUAAAGAGUCUUUUUCUGCCAGAGAAAUCCUCUCAGUGUUAAACAGUGUAGUCAAUACUUGUCUGUCUCUUUAAGUCAGAAACAUGUUUUCAGAUUUACAGAUUGAAACUAUUCUAAAUGCUGGACUGUUACCAGUCAUGCCGCAAACUAUAAUUUAAAUUUUGAACAUUAAUGAACCAAUGUCCAUUCAGUUUCUCUUUGCCAACUUUAAAAGGCUCUAUUUAUUGGACUUUAUUGAUCUCACAGUAGAGACAUUUACCUCUGCAUUUACCCCAUCCCCUUAGGGAGCAGUGGGCUGCCAUUGUGGGGCACCCGGGGAGCAGUGUGGGGUUAAGGGUCUUGCUCCGGGAGCCAGAGUGGCAGUCUGUGAGAGUGGGGCUUGAACUCACAACCUCAGGAUUCCAAGCACUAUGCCCUAACCACAAGGCCACCACGUCCCAAAUUCCUCAUCAAACACGCUUACAGAAACACAUCCAAGGACAUAUUCUCUACCCCAUAAGCAGGACACUGCCAAAAGGAGUUUGACACUCACUGGGAAAUGUGAUGCCCCCCUGCUGAGCUUGGUAUAGAGGCUCUGCUCACUCCCACACUUAAGACAUGAAC